AUAUUGGCUCUGACCGGCGCCAUCGAUACUUGCAGUUAUUUUUGUAUAGAACCGGAGUCUCCAAUUCUGAAAUUUUGCUCUUUGUUGAACUUAUUUUUCAGCAAAUUGAAACUAUAAUGGGUUUUCACUUACAUAAAUUGGUUUAGCCACAAAAUUUGUCAAACAGAAAGCAGAAAUCAGCUGUUGAGGAGGAACUGGUGUGACCAAAGAUGUGAUAACAGUGGGACCAGAGUUGAGGAGUGAAACGCAAAUUAUGUUGUUUACAGCGCAGCAGCUGAAAAUCGCAUUUAUCUGAUUCUGUUGUGAGUCCUGCAAGAUGAUCUGUCGCCUGUGCCUGCGCUGCCUCAGCCCCGGCAGCGCCGUCUUCCUGUUCGAGACGGACGAGACGCUGGCAGAGACGCGACUGGUCAAGAUGAUAGCCAAGUUUCUCCAGUUGGAGAUCCUGCCCGACGAUAGCAUCUCGACCAGCGUGUGCACCGACUGCUGCGAGCACUUGGAGGACUUCAAUGGCUUCUGGCAGCUGGUGGAGCAGAAGCAAUGCUCGCUGAAGAAGGAGUUCCUCAACGUGGACGUCGACUGCGUGGCCCUGAAGUGGACAGGCGGCGUGGACGUGGACGUGAACAUCGAUGAACUGCCGCUGGCGGCAACAGACAUGGACGAGAAGCCGCUGGACAUGCACAACCUGAGCCUGCUGGGCAGCGUCUUGGAUGUCAAUGUGGACAGUGUGGAGGUGGCAUCACAGGCCCCAGUCUCGGUAUCCGUCAAAGAGCAGCUGCAAGAAGACUCGGAGGAGGACGAGAAGCCCUGCCUAAAGGACAUGCACACGAGUGAUAGCGAGCCGGAGGCGCUGCCAGAAGAAGACUCUUCUUCGGAUGAUGAGCCGCUGGUCCGGCUUCAGACCAAGGGCAAAACGCCGGUCAAACGCAAACAGCGCACUUCCAAGGAACGGGCAAGCGGAAUUUCCCUUCACCAGGAACUCAAGGAGCUGCUCGACGACGGCAGCAAGCGGAGGCGCCGGAAGACACCCAGCGACCAGCGAAUAGCCUCGGAUCACCAGGAGACCGAACUGCAGGCCGUCCUCGAACGCAAGCCCAAGGGCUGUUCGCGCAUACAGCUGGCCAAGAGGUAUGAGGAGGCCAUUGCCAGCUAUAUGAGCGCCAGCUGUGACCUGUGCGACUUCAGUGCCCAGUACCUGUCCGAGCUGAAGACCCACUUCCUGGAGGUUCACCAGCGGGAGUACUAUAUCAAGUGCUGCGGCAAGGUCUUUACCCGUGCCUCCAAGCUAAUGGAUCACGUACGCAAGCAUGUCAAUCCCAAGCUCUUUACCUGCACUAUAUGCCAGAAAUCGCUCAACUCGCAGGACUACCUGGCCACCCACAUCGAGACCGUGCACAACAAGGUGGCCCAGAUAGGCAAGGUUCUCAAGUUUCCCUGCCCAAAGUGCGAGCGCACCUUUAGCAGCGAGCGGCGUAUGGCCAACCAUCUGGCUAAGCAUGACACCGACCAGCUGGAGCACACCUGCGAGAUUUGCUGCAAAAGCUUCGCCAAUGUCCAUCGCCUGCGAAGGCACAUUCAAUCCAUCCACGAGGAUCUGCAUCGCCAUGUCUGCGACAUUUGCGGAAAGAAGUUCAAAUUCAAGCCCUCCUUCGAGCGUCACCUGCUGGAGCACCAGGGCGUGGUGGCCCCGGCAGUGGAAUGUCCUGUGUGCGGUGUCUGGCUUAAGAAUGAGCAUAGCCUGCGGCUGCAUCGUUUCACCCAUGACAGCACGGACACGGUGUGUCCGCACUGUGGCAAGACCUGCACCUCGCGCACUGCCCUCCGUGGUCAUGUGAAGUACGCCCACAAGCUGACCACCAGCUUGCAGUGCACCUACUGCGAGAAGAGUUUUAAGCAGCAGCGCAAUCUGGACGAGCACAUGGCCAUCCACACGGGCCUGCAGCUGUAUAAUUGCCCGCACUGCCCCAAGGAAUGCCGAUCCCGCUCCAAUAUGUAUGUCCACAUCAAGCAACGCCACGCGGACGAGUGGUUGCGCGCGAAGAUGGCGCGUUCGCAUAAUCCCCAGUUUAAGCCAGGAUCGGGCGAGGCUCAGUCCUGAGCCCUCCCCCCCAAUAGUGUGUACGAGCCGAAAGUGUCCAGCCCCAGCUUCUGUGAGAGAUGAAAACGGAGCACCACCAAGUGCUUAACCAAUAGAUAUAUACGUAACUUUAA